AUGGGAGACGCUCAGUCUGCGCAACGGGAGAACAAGAAGGACGCAGCGGCUGAGGAGGAGAGCGGAAAAGUGGAUGAUGCUCCGGCGGAGCAGAACACUGACGACAAGCCUCUCAAAAAUAAUGGGCAAAUCUCUGAGAUCAAUGGAAAAGCAGACAGCACUAUAGCCGAAGUCAAUGGUCACUGUGAGGAUGAGAUCGCUGCAGAGGGUGAAGAUGUUCCAGAAACCACAAAGUCACUUAAAGAAGAAGAUACACCCGUAGAAAAUGUUGAAAUUAAUGAAAAUGAAUCACCUAAUGAAGUUGAUGAUAAUGAAGAAAUGAUUGAAAUGGAUUCAAAGCAGAAUGACAUCAAUGAAAGUUUUAGGAGAUUUUUCAGUAACAUCGGUUUAAAGCUGACAGUUAAAAGAGGCUCGGCUGAAAAAGCUGAAAUAGAAACAGAUGUGCCUGAUGAGACGAAUGAGGAAGAAUCAAACAGACUAGAAUACAUUGAGGGUACUGCAAAGGAAACCAAAAGUGAGGAUACUGAACAGAAUAUAGAUCUGACCACAGCACAGGAGACUUAUGACAAUGAUUCAACAACAUGUCCUACCCUGACAGAUGCCACAUCGGAGGACAUCCUAGAAAAUGCAGAGGUGAAAGCAACAGAGGCCAAAGAGGUUGUUGGAUCUGAAAAUGUAGAUGCAGCAACAACUUCACCUGUACAUGAAGACGAAAAGGCACAACAGGAUGCCACACUUGAAGAAGACCUACAUCCAACAUCUCCAUCUAGUCCUGAACCAGAGGUGGUUGUAUCUCCAAUUAAAAGGUUUUUUACAACUGGAAUCUUUUCUGGACUACGGAAGAAAAAGAGGCCCACAGAAGAUGAGACAACUGAUAAAGAAUUGGUGGAGAUGGGAAAGGAAACAGUAGAGACAGCAGAAAUACAACAGAAUAAAGAGGAGAUUAGUCUAGGUGUUGAGGCUGAUACAGUUGAGACAGAAAAUAAAGAAAACAAACUUAAAGAGGAGAUGAAUGACGGGAAAUCACCUCCCACAGAUGCAGUAAGCGUUACUGUCGAUGAGCCUGAAAUUAUGAGUUCUCAAGAGAAAGUUCAAGCCAGCCCUCUGAAAAGGCUCUUAUCAGGGUCUAGUUUAAAGAAACACUCCAAAAAGCAGAGAGGCAGGAAAUCAAGUGACGCAAAGCUGUCAGACUCUGGAGAACACUUUUCAGAUCAGCUCAUGUCAUCUAAUGAGUCAGCUGAGCAUCAGAAAGAAGAAAGUCCUGUACAACACCCUGUAGAGGCAGCAGGAGAGGAGGAUGGCGCAUGGGCUUCUUUCAAAAAACUUGUGACUCCGAAAAAGCGCAUGAAGACGUCCUCCUUGACCAAAGAGGAGGAGACACAAAUCACAGGCUCAGUAGAGGAAACAAAACCAAGUGAAGGAGAGCAAAUAUCAGAUCACAGCACUGAAGAUGGCAAAAAAAGAAAAGACUCAUCUGUGUCAUGGGAAGCUGUUCUAUGUGGUUCUGGAAGGAGAAGAAGCCGAAGUCGAAAAACAUCAGACUCUGAGGAUGAAAUGCCCCAAGUUGAAAAUGACAACAAGAAGCAAGAUUCGCCAUUAGAAAGUUCAAAUGAAGUAGAUGAAAUUUUAGCCAUCUCCCCCAAACAAGUAGGAAGUCCUUCAGAGGUUGAUGGAGGAUCAACAUGGAAAUCACUGAAAAAACUUGUCACCCCCAAAAGGAAGGCCAAGAAUGAGGAAGAAAGCAAAGAUAAUUUACAGUCUGACAGUGAAGUUGCUCAGGAUGAUUCCUCUUUUUCAAUAAAGAAUCUUCUCCCAGGUCGAAAAAAGAGGAAGUCUGCUGAAAAGCAAGACCAAGUGUCUUCAGAUGAGGCUGACAAGGAAGCAGCUUCAGGUGAAGAAGACUCUGAGACACCAGCUGUGGUUCCAUUGUCUGAGUUUGAUACAAUUGAAACAGAAGUUCACAUAGAAACACAGGCUGAUGUAGAAAGCCAUGUGCCCAAGGAAGCAGACUAUGAACUGCAGCAAGACCUCCUUGAUCAGAUGGCUGAACCAGUCCUGCCUUGUGACAGUCUGCAAACGGAAGUAAAGAAAGUCCAAGACAAUGAGGAUACUUUAGAGAAUGAGGCAUCUACCACUCCCGCUUCAGAUGAAGAACCUGAGGACCUUACAGAAUUAAUCAGUAAACAUCAACAACUCAGUGAUAUUCCAGAGGAGGGUAUAAUUACAGAGACCAUGGCCACUCCAGCUUCAGUCACUGAAGACACAGCUAGAGAUGAUACUAUAGCAGAUGAUCUGAUAGAAAUGACAUCUGAAGCCAUAACUGCUCUAGAACCAGUAGACAUUACCUUGACAGAUGAAACUGAGAUGAUCUCUGCAGUUUCCCAGCUAUCAGAGUCUUCAAAAACAUCAGGCAACACAACACCAGUUCCAGUAGAAUAUGACAUCAAACAUACAGAGGCACUCCUGCAUGAAGUUGUUGAAACCAUCUGCAUAAGCCCAAAGGCAGCCCCACUCUGUUCAGAUGAGAUAAGCUCAGAAAGAAUAGUUGGAUCCGUCUCGCAUCAAAUACUCGAAUCAUUUGUAAAAGAGGAGCCAGCAAUUCUGAAAAUACACAGGAGAUCAGAUGCAACUGCCAUUAAAAUAGGUUUAAAUGCUGAAGAACUGGACGUAAUUACUGAACUUGCCGCAACAGUCCAAACAGAGAGCAUAUCUGAAGUCAACGAAGGUGUUUCCACAGAAAUUGUAUCUGAAGUUCCUACCGUGGAGUUUGACAAUGCUAAAAUUGUUGUAGAUGAAGUUCAUGAGGUCAACGUUUUACAUCCAGAAGAAAGCAUAAAAGAAUUAGAAAGUACUGAUGAGAGCCAACAUCAGGUGGAAAGCCAAUCUGAGGUAGACGAAGCUGAAGAAACAUUAUCUGAAUGUGAAGAAAUUGUUGCAGAUGAAGGCUCUCUAGUUGAUGAAAAAGAGCCCCUACAAAUUGACUGUCAAGAAGUAGAAUCAGCUGUUACUGUAGCAGAAGAAACUAAGGAUGGAAGUGUGGAGCAGCAAGUCCAAACUCUGACACAAAAGGAUGAUGAAAUCUUACACAAUAUCACUGAUCAAGUUCAAGUUGAGGAUAAAGAUCAACCACCUGUAGAGGUGGAGGAGUUACAAGAAUUAGCAGCGGCACAAGCUGCCAAAUUAGAAUCAGAGGAGGGUUGUGUUCAGUUGCUUGAAAAGGAAGUAAUAUCAGAAGAUAUUCCUGCAACAGAAACGAUAACACAUGAACCCAUAGAGAAAACAAAGCCUCUCACUGAAGAUAAUGUUGAGGCAGAGAAGGAAGACGAACUACAAGCAGAUGCUGCAGAAACUGAGCACAUUGAUGAACCAGAGGUAGCUGCAGUUACACAUGAAUCCAAGCACGAGGUGCAUCUCAGUGCAGUGGUUGCCAGUGUUGAGGGAGAAAAAGAAGGUGAACUUGAAGCUGCUGUGAUAAAGAGUGCUGCAGUUGAGCAUGCCGUAGUAACGCAAGUGAUCACAUGUCAUCUGAAAGAUGUUUCAACCACUAUACCUGAUGUUUUGAUAGAGAAAACAUCAGACAUUCAUGAACCCUUGAUUAACACAUUAGUAAGUGAGAUAGAAUUCGAGGAGACAGUCAUGAGUGCAACACCACUAGUGAAAGAUGAAGUGAUUAAGACAGCAGAGGAAGGUAGUGUGAUUAUGAUGAUGAAUGUGCCAUCAGUACAGUUUGAGGACAAUCACAGAAUUCAAGUGCAGGUGGUCGAUGUUGAUGUCAAAUCAGCCGAGACAAUUGUUGACACAGCGCUAGAGGUAGGGGUAACAGAAACCAAAGAAGUUAUAGAUGUUUGUAAUGAAACAGUUAAAGAAGUGGACACGCUCUCUGCCACAUCGAAGACUGAAGAAUUAAUUAAUAAGGAAAGCAAGGUGACCAUUCAAGAAGUUAUUCAACAUGUAAAGGAGAAAGUACCAGAGACAGUACCUGAAUCAGUCCUUGUCAACUUGGAACAAAAAGUUAUGAAACAGCCAGAUGCUGUGACAGAGGAGAGUGAGAUAGCUGAACAACAAGUGCUCGAGGAUCUAACGCAAACACCUGAUAUUCCAGGAAGUUUAGAUGUCUCUGUCCAUGAUUGCAAAGAGGAUUUUGAGGAACCUAAAGAUGAAAUUAAUGAGGAAUCGCCAAUUCCACAAAUUGCCCAGAGUCAGAUUGUAACCCCUAGUAACAGUGGAGUAAUAGUCCCCCAAAACACUGGAAUAGUCUCGUCAAUAGGUAAUGUUGAGUCUCCCUCUAGCCUUUCUUUAGAAUUCAAACUUAACAUACAGUUUGGGCAAGCAAGGGCACCAGUUUCUCCACCACCUGCAACAGAGAGGAUCGAAACAGUUAAAAAGACAGAUGUGUCUGAAGUCGGCGUUCAGGUAGUAGAACCCGAAAAGCAAAUAGAUCCAACACAAAAUGCUGAGGGCCAGAAACAGACAGAGUUAACUGAGGUUGCUGUUCAGGCAACAGAAAUCACAGAACCAGAACCAACUAACAUCAAUUCAACAGACAGAGCAGUGAUCAUGAAUCAACCAGUACUACUGGAUGUUGGCAUGCAAGCAAUGGAAACAGGAAAACCAGUAGAGCAAAUCAAAUCAACAGACAGAGUAACGCCCAAUGUCCAGGCAACAGAGACAAUACAAACAGUAAGGCAAACAGAGAAAACAGAAAUGUUCCUGAGUCAGCCAGUGCUGUCUGAAGCUUGUGACCAAGAAACAAAAGCAAAGGAACCUGUUAAACAAACCGAGGAGGAAAAUGACCAGGAUGUGUGGUUGGAUGCUGAGGAAGACAUUUACACUCAAGGGGAAUCAGAGGUGCCUCUUCAUGAGGAGGAGGAACGUCUAGAACAACAGACAGAAAGUGACCGGGACAAAAAGGCAGUACCUCAACAUGAGCUUGAAAUGGCUUCUAAUUUCAAGAUUGAGGAAGAAGAAAGUCAACAAGAAAUGCUCAUAGCAGGAGCAACAUGUGAAAUUGAGAGUGAGGGUGAAGAUUUUGCUGUUGCACUUGAGCAUCCAGAAACUGCAACUGCAACCAUCACUAAGAUGGAGUGGGAUUAAAUCAGCCUAACUUCAACGUCAUUAAAAGGUUGGGCGAUCAAAAAGGAUGUCACUCAAGUUUGUAAGGAGUUAUCAAAAAGCCAUUAUAGAGAAGGACUGACUGGUAGAAGAAAACUACAGGAAACAGCAUUUUGCUGCUUUUAUUUGGCAUUAUGCUCAAUCAAAUAUAUUCCAAUAUUUACUGAUGAAACUUGUCUUGAUUUGUAAUAUUAUUUUAUUAACAUUAUAAAAUUUGUGAUUUAUGAAUGGGAUCUAGCAAGAGACGUAUCAACUGGAAAAGUGCUACUCUUCUCAGGGGAUGCAGUGUAAUUUUAGAAGUGUGACACUGAACUACAUCCUCUUUGCAGUUGCCUCUUUCAGUAAAUUUAAUGAGUUGCUUGCUGUAGAGUGUAAUUUUAAUAACUAAUCAUGUCAGAUCUUUUCAAUCAUAUUUCACAUUAUAUUCUGUUUUUGAAUAGAAUGUAUAUGUCUAGGAGAACAAGAGAGUAUUUUUAUUAACAAUGUCUUUUUUAAUGGUAAACUGCUUCAAAAACAUUUGUGUAAGUGUUAAAAACAUAAUUCAUAAUGUAUGUGACCUAGGUAAGGCAAAUUAAUUUCUCUUGAUAUAUAGUAUAUUAGUAUAUGUAGAUAUUUCACAGCUUUCACUAUGCAUCAAUCUAUGUUCAUAUGUGCAAUUGUUUAACCAUUUAAUCUUAAAACACAUAACUCCUAAUAUAUGCAGGUAAAAACAAUAGGCAGCAUACCCCAGAUAUAUAGUAUUACUGUAUAUUACCUUGUACAUAAUGACUGUUUUAAUGCUUACACAAGCCAAACUGUGCUAAUUUUGAGUCUUCAACAAUUUCUACUGUGACAUGUUUAAAAUAGAAAAAAAGAGCAUGAUGAGCGCAUGGCACAUCUUUGUUUUUCAAAAAGUAAUAAUUUACACUAUAUUUUUGAUUUCAAGUUUAAAUGAAUCUUAACAUAUGUAUUUAUCAUUAAUAUAAUUAUAAUCUGCAGAGCCUUAAACUUAAACAAUCAUGGCAGCUUUACUUGUCCUGUUUUAUUUCCCAGCUUUUUGUGUCUGGUGUCAAUGAACUUAUGGUAUAAAUAACACCGUAAGCUUGGUAAGGACAAUGAGUGGUAUGGGUGAAAGAAGAAAUAAGGUUAUGACAGGCUAUUUGUUGUGUCUGAAUUUUUUUCACAUAUACUGACUCUUUUGGAAAAUUCUUUCUGGUCUGAUAUGUGAUGUCAACUAAUGACUAAAUGUAAAACAUAGACCUGUGUUACCUGUGUUUAUAUUUA